AUGUGCAAGCAUUGUAAAGUCCAAUAUAAUACGCCCGUUCAUUUAGUUUCGCAUUUGAAAACAGUCAUACCACGCAUCGUCUAUCAAUGUCUGAAAUGCGAUAAAAUAUACAAACUCAAACAUUCGUGCCCCGAAACCUUAAUCAAAUGUGCCUACUGCUUUAUGAGCUUAGAAGAAAAUUUGGUGCGAUCUCAUUUUUGCUUUCAUCUCAUCUCGGAGGAAAUCAGUCUAUUGAAUGAUGAGACUAUUAAAUGUAACAUAUGCAAGAAAACGUUUUUAAAAAGAUAUUUAGUACCGCAUAUCAGUAAAUGUUACAAUUUAUGUAACAAGUUGACUGUAGACGGAGUAAAUUUAAAACGCAAUGAAGAUGAAGACGCAACUCAACCAGUAAAAGUAGGAGCAUAUUUGAGACGCUUAUUGGAACAACCAGAAAAUACAUAUUACCAUCACACAGUGAAAAAAAUACUGAAAAGCGUCACUAAUGAUGUUAAAACUAACCUUAUCAAUUCAGUUGCUGAUAAUGUAUAUACUAGAAAAGAUACUAAUAUAGACAUUAGUUCGACUUCUCAAGAAAAUGUGAUAAUAAAGUUAGAAACUCCAACUGAUGAGAAUAAUAUUAAUGAAACUGAAACUGAUAAAAAUAAUACUAAUGAAACGAAAACUGAUGAAAAUGAUAUUAAUGAAACUGAAACUGUUGAAAAUAAUAUUAAUGAAACUGAAACUGUUGAAAAUAAUAUUAAUGAAACUGAUGAAAAUAAUGUUAUUAAUGAAACAAGUAGUACAAAUAUUGCCGUUCGUGAGCAAACUUUCUUGCAAAAUCCAAUCGAAAAUAAGUUUAAAACUGCUUUAACACGUGGUUUUAUAACGAAAAUAGGUGCGGGUAACUACGUAUGCUUAUUUUGUAAUGAUUGUUUCAAUAGAGCAGGCGUUAUCAAACACCUAGAGAAAUGCUCUUUGUCUACAUGUAGGUUUUGUUACAAAACAUUUUCUAAUCCUGAAGAGUUAGAUGAGCACAUUUCGAAUAUAAAAAUAUCAGCCGUACAUUUUUGCUUGAUGUGCGUUUCAACAUGCACAAUUGAGCACGGAAAAGAAGGAUUCGAUCAUAGGGUUAAAUCGUUUUGCACUAUGUGUCAUAAGUACUUGUGUUACGAUGAUUAUAUUUCGCACAACUGUUUCCAUGUAUUUUCUGACGAAGAAUUAACAAAUCAUAAUACGAAGCUGAACGAAGACCUCCUCUUUACGACAUGCGUACAUUGCAACAAGAAAGUUCCGCAAACAUUUUUAAAAACGCACGUUUUAAAGAAACAUUCUGAAGUCGGGAAAUCUUACAAUUGCCCUUUAUGCACUGCAUCCUUCGAUAAGCUAAUGGAAUUAAGGGGCCAUCAGAAAAUGCACUACGGAUUUUUGUGCCACAUUUGCGGUAAAAGAAUCACCAAAAAUAGAACCGAUCACAUGAAUUCUCACGAAGUUAUACCUAGACACCAGUGUUCUCAAUGCGGCAAACGUUUUGCGAUGCAAUACAAUCUUAAAAAACACGAAACGACUCACUUGGAAAAAGGAAACUAUCCUUGUAGUACGUGUAAAAAGCAUUUCAAAAAUCCCUUCAAUCUGAAGGUCCAUAAAAGAAUACACGACGCUAUUAAACCAUUUAAGUGUUCUAUUUGCGCCAAGACUUUCCAAACUAAGCAGGCUAUGCAGAAUCACAUGAGAGUACAUUAA